AUGCCUAUCCAAAGGCAGCGCAGUAAGCCUGAUCUCGAAUUCACCCUCCGACAAGUCUUCGGGAAACCCUCUUUCAGACCCAUACAGCGCGAAGUCAUUGAGGCCGCUCUAGAUGGCAAUGAUGUUUUCCUUCAAGCUGCUACUUCAUUUGGAAAAAGCUUGUGCUUCCAAUUGCCAGCAUGUAUUGACCUUGGGAGUGAGCAAAAUCGCACGCGAGACGGAUUGCUUGGAGAUUCUAACAUGUCUCAGNUCACAAUUGUCAUAUCGCCUCUUCUUGCACUCAUGGUCAGUUCUCCAUCCUCUGCUCUGUUGUAUAACGUCGCUGAUUAUCUCGCAGNNAACAACCAGGUCGCUGCUCUGCGUACGGCAGGCAUUCAGGUUGCUACUAUCAAUAGCACUGUCUCCAAGCAUGUCCGUGAUGCCAUUAUGGCUGACCUCAAAACUGGCCACCCACUCACUAGACUUCUUUAUGUCACUCCCGAGUUCUGUACUAUGGAUCACUUCCGCCGUGUCUUACGUGUAGUCCAUGAGCAGAAAGAACUCUCCCGGAUCGCAAUCGACGAGGCACAUUGUAUCUCCGAAUGGGGUCAUGACUUCCGUCCGAGUUUCAAGGAGCUCAAGUUUUUCAAGAAGGAGUUUCCAGAUGUACCGAUGAUCUGCUGUACAGCCACGGCUACACAGCGUGUGCGAGACGACAUUAUUGCGACUCUGAAUCUCGACAAGCGCAGGCUGAAACACUUCACCAUGACCACCAGCCGGCCAAACUUGCACUACGAAGUCAGGUACAAAUCGGAUGAGGAAGACCACUACGAUGAUUUUCUCGCAUGGAUCAAAGCCGCACAUGCUCGACGCAAGAGUCCAGAACGAGCAGUGGAACUGGCAGCUCGUAAGGAACGGCCGACGAAUGUGCCAGGCAUCAUCUACACCUUGUAUCGACGAGACUGCGAGAUUCUAGCCGAGCGUCUGACCAACGAUGGUAUUGGCGCAAAGCCUUACCAUGCCGGCCUGACCAACGAACAAAAAGACGACCACCUCUCCGGCUGGGUGGCCAACUGCGAAGGCUACGAUGUCAUUGUAGCAACCACAGCUUUCGGCAUGGGUAUCGACAAAGAAAAUGUCCGUUUCGUGGUGCAUUGGCAGAUUGCAAAAUCUUUCGAAGGGUACUAUCAAGAAGCAGGGCGCGCAGGCAGAGAUGGAAAGGCCUCGGUCUGCAUCGUCUACUACUCCCGCGAAGACCGUGACCGUGGCGCAAACAUGCUAGCCAGAGCCCAAGAGCAGAAGAUGCGGCAAGAGAUGAACAAGGGUCGCAAUAACCCCGAGUACGACAACAUGAGCACGCAUCCUGAUAGCAAUGGUCGUGCCAACUCUUUGCUAUACCUGACGAAAUAUUGCGAAGCAACAGGAGUGUGCAGACACAAGAUGAUAGCAGAGUAUUUUGGAGACAAGACUGUGGUACCGUGCAACUAUGCUUGCGACCACUGCAAGGAUCAGAAGGGGCUCGAGAUGAGAAAGAAUAGUGGAUUGGCGAGCGAGGAGUGGUGUUUGACGCAAAGACAGUCUUAUUCCUACGACGAGUACGAUUAG